AUGGGUCAAGCCUUGAAAAGAGCAACUCGCAUGUCCGUGACUGAGGAAAUAGGUGGGAUGCUUCAAAUGACCCCAAUUAACGAAGAAAUGUUAAGAAUAAUAAUCUCAUUCAUUGAAGAGCUGCCGGAUAAAUAUCCAGAGGAGUCGAAACUGGUAUUUAAGAAACCACUCACUUGGGACACAAGUCUCAGCUUUGAAGCAUUCUCAGGAGACGACUACGUUAUUAGUGAGAACGAGUUGAAAUCAAAAAUGGAAACCGAAAACCCUUUGCUGUUGAUGACAAAAAGUCGAGAACGCAAUGUCCUAAGCAUUCAAAGUUUGGAGUUUGCCAACAAAUUUUUCUUUCUUUCUUUUCUCUUUCUGUCUUUCUUUCUUUCCUUCUUUCUUUCUUUCUUUCUUAAAAUCCUUAUAGCUUUUCUUUUUUUCUUUCUUUCUUUCUUUCUUUCUUUCUUUCUUUCAAUGCUUUUUUUUCAUUCUUUCUUCCUUUCUUUCUUUCUUUCUUUCUUUCUUUCUUUCUUUCUUUCAAUCCUUGUAGUUUUUCUCUCUCUCUCUCUUUCUUUCUUUCUUUCUUACACGUCUUGUUGUUUCUCUUUCUUUUCUUCUUUCUUUCAAUCCCUAUAG